AUGUUACACGGGCGUGGGAGGGUGGGGGUGGGUGGUGUUGGGUUGUGGGUGGGGGGUGUUGGGGGGGGGGGGUGGGUGGUUUGUGUGUGUAUGGGGGGUUGUGGGGGUAUAGGUUGUGUUUUGGGGGUGUGUGGGUUUGGGUGGGGUGGGGGUGGGGGGGGGGGUGGGGUUGUUGUUGGGGGGGGGGGUGGGUUGUUGGUGUGUGUUGGGGGGUGUGUGGGUGUUGUUUAUAAUAUAUCUAUGGGGGGGGGGGGAGUUGUGGGGGGGUUGGUGGGUUUGUGGUGGGUUUUGGGGGGGGGGGGGGGGUGUUGGGGUGGGGUGGGUUUUGGUGGGGGUGGGUUGUUGUUGGUGGGGGUGGGGGUUUGGGGGGGGGGGGGGUGUGGGUGUGGUGGUUGGGGGGGGGGUUGGGGGGGGGGGGGGUGGGUUGUGUGUGUUGUGUGGUUGUGGGUUGGGUUGGGUUGGGGGGUGGGUUGUUUUGGUUGGGUUGGUUUUUGGUGUUGGUUUUUUGUGGGGGGUGGUGUGUGUGUGUUGUUUGUUGGUUGUUGGUUGGGGGUUUGUGUGGGGUGGGGAGGGGGGGGUGUGGGGGGUGGGUGUGUGGGUGUGGUGGGGUGGGUUGGGGUGUUGUUGGGGGGGUGGGGGGGUGGGGGGGUUGGGGGGGGGUGA